AUGAACGCUAGCGCCGCGUCGCUCAACGAAUCUCAGGUGGUGGCAGCAGCGGCCGAGGGAGCGGCAGCGGCGGCCACAGCAGCGGGGGCGCCGGACCCCGGCGAAUGGGGCCCCCGCGCGGCGGCGGCGCUGGGGGGCGGCGGCGCGGCUAAUGGGUCUCUGGAGCUGUCGUCCCAGCUGCCCGCCGGGCCGCCAGGACUGCUGCUGUCCGCGGUGAAUCCGUGGGACGUGCUGCUGUGCGUGUCCGGGACGGUGAUCGCCGGUGAGAACGCUCUGGUGGUGGCGCUCAUCGCGUCCACCCCGGCGCUGCGCACGCCGAUGUUCGUGCUCGUGGGGAGUCUGGCCACCGCCGACCUCCUGGCGGGCUGCGGCCUCAUCCUUCACUUCGUGUUCCAGUACGUGGUGCCCUCCGAGACUGUGAGUCUGCUCACGGUGGGCUUCCUCGUGGCCUCCUUCGCCGCCUCGGUCAGCAGCCUGCUAGCCAUCACGGUGGACCGUUACCUGUCCCUCUACAACGCGCUCACCUAUUACUCGCGCCGGACCCUGUUGGGCGUGCACCUCCUGCUGGCUGCCACCUGGACGGUGUCCCUGGGCCUGGGGUUGCUGCCGGUGCUCGGCUGGAACUGCCUGGGCGCGCCCGCCUCCUGCAGCGUGGUGCGCCCGCUCACGCGCAGCCACGUGGCGCUGCUCUCCGCGGCCUUCUUCGUGGUCUUCGGCGUCAUGCUGCACCUGUACGUCCGCAUCUGCCAGGUGGUGUGGCGCCACGCGCACCAGAUCGCGCUGCAGCAGCACUGCCUGGCGCCGCCCCACCUCGCCGCCACUAGAAAAGGCGUGGGAACUCUGGCGGUGGUGCUGGGCACUUUCGGGGUCAGCUGGCUGCCCUUUGCCAUCUACUGCGUGGUAGGUAGCCAGGAGGACCCAGCCAUCUACACCUAUGCCACUCUGCUGCCUGCUACCUACAACUCCAUGAUCAACCCCAUCAUCUAUGCCUUCCGCAAUCAGGAGAUCCAGCGCGCCUUGUGGCUCCUGUUCUGUGGCUGUUUCCAGUCCAAAGUGCCCUUCCGAUCCAGGUCCCCCAGUGAGGUCUGA